CUCAUAAUUAUGUUUUCAAGAUCAUGGUUAAAGAUGCAGCAAAGUAUAACCAAUCUUCUACAUACAGAAUUAUAAGUCUUACUGAUGUUCCCGAUAUUAUUCAAAGUUUCUCUGAAUGUGCUUCUACUUUGAAUGCUAUUGAACAAGAAAUAAUCACCGUAUCUGGAAGUUUAAUUGGAAGUUCAAUUGGGACCUCAACACACCUUCUAAACUAA